UGACACGGUACAAGCAAAUGGCGUCUGCAAAAAUCGGUCGUCUAAACGUUAGCCUACAUCAUGUAGGAGUUGAGUAGGCUGUCUUUCUUUUCAUUGUUGUUGUUGCUUUUCCAUAGUUUUCAUUGUGUAGAUGUGUCCUUGAAGGCGGGACCACUCGCGCGGAAGCAAUACGGAUGGAUGACUGGAGACACUCAUUGUGCCUGUGCCCCUCGGGGACUUUCCCAUCCGCUCCUUUCUCCUUCAAGCUAAUCCUGAUGAUGGUGCUCAUCCUGAUCCAGAGCAGAUGUUCGGACGCUUACCUCGUGACUGGAGGAAACGUGACUGCUGUGCAAGGAGAGACUGUAAUCUUACCCUGCAAACUCAGCAACACCAAUGAAGCCCUCACCCAGAUCUCAUGGCAGAGGAGAACCAGAGGCAAACCUCAGAAUGACAAUUUCUUUACAAUCCUGUCCAAUGGCGGACCACAGUUCGUCAAUGGACACGAUGAUCGAUUUAAAUUUAUUGGAAACUUGAAUGAGAAGAAUGGAUCCCUCAAGUUAUCAUCUGUCAAAUUAUUGGAUGAAGGUCUUUACUCCUGCAUCUUCACUUUGUUCCCCACCGGAAAUUACAGGACGGAGAUACCUCUAAACUUGCUUGUGCCUCCGGUCAUACAGGUGGAGGAUAAACUUCCUGUUCUGGGUGAUAAAGAAGUUCCCCUCGCUACCUGCACGGCUGAUGGUUCCAGGCCUCCUGCAAAGGUGACGUGGCAGGACAACAAUACUCUGGCAGGAAAAGUGAGGGCAAAAACCAGGUCCAUUCAACAUGACAACGGUACGACUACCACAAUCAGCUCGCUGUUGGGAGUUCCCACCAGAGAAAUCAACCAACAUUCGGUCCAGUGUGUCGUCACCAGUCCAGCCCUGCCGGAGGAGGAAAAGAAAACCUUCAUCGUGCAGGUCUACUUUUCACCUACGGAAGUGAACAUUAGUGCGGGAUCCGAGGACUCAUUUCAGUGUUUAACUGAAGCCAACCCAACUGCAGAAAUUACCUGGACAAGAUCUGGCCAGUCAUUGCCUCAGUCACAAGUCCGUUUAGAGGGUGCAAUGCUACAGCUUGUGAGCAAGAGCUCUGCCUUGAAUGGCCUCUACAAGUGUGAAGCAACUAAUCGAUAUGGAACAUGCCAUGGUUACCUCUAUGUGCAUCUGAUUUCAGGGAACUGCACGGCUUGUUGGACCCUAUUUGGUCUUUUGCUUUCCCUGAAUGUCAUUGGUGCCGCAGUGUGGUACCUUAAUAAAUACAGGACAAAAGAGGGCACACGUGGGGAGAGGCAGAAGGUCCGAACAACUUCCAGUGAGUCUGAAAUGGCAGAAGUUGCGGAACAACCGACAUAGAGAUUUAUUUGCCAUUCGUGGAAGCAACGACAUCCUCAAAAGUUGGACUGCAGGCGAUUUACAGGCUCCACAGCUGACAUGGUUCAUUCCUGCAUCUGCUGGUUAGUGAACAAAUGCAACAUUCCAGGUGGUGUGUAUCUACUUAUAUCCCUGGCUUUAUGCUGCUUGUUAGUUUACAUUUUCAUUUCGGAGUGUCUGUCCUGCAUGUUGCAUUAAGAUCUACUGAUGUCUACUUUUCUGGUUAAUUGACUUUAACGCGUAGUGCCUUUUUAUGUAGGAUGUGGUUUAAACUGCCUCCCCUUUCUAACCCACAAGACCGUUAAGACCUAACGGUAUUUGACUUCUGGAUGUAUUCCUACCAAGAGCAUUAGCAGAGGAUCAUUCAAUACAUUUACAUGCACACAAGAAAACAGGGUGCUUUUUUUCAGUGUUCAGAUUUCUCCCCACAGAUGUUUCAGUGAUUCCUCUGCAAUUAUUUGUUAUGAUUAGAAACCUGGUUAUAUGUAUACAUGGCCAAGAAAUCACCGUUGUCCAGGAGGAUCUAAUUAUGAAAAAUUAGGUUUCUUUAAUCCUUACCUCAAUUACCAAAAUCUACAUGACUCUUUAAGUAAUCAGAUUACAGAAAGCUGACCUUGUUAUUUAAGUGCAUGUAAACGCAUUGAUGGAAAUGAUUCAUGAGAAAUUUUAAUAGAAAACUCGAAAAUAUAUAAUGAAGGAUUAAUAAUAUUGUGCUUGUGGAGGUUCAACACGCUGAAGUCUAAGACA